AACCCAACUGCGGGGCUGUGCCAGGAGUCCCUAGCAACACCGUGGCUUUUGAGAUCUGAGGAGGAAAAGACUGUGGUCAGUGGACAGUGCAGGAGAGUGCCUAUGCCCCAGGAAGAGCAGGCGCUCGGGAUGGACACUCCACCCAUUAAAGAAGCCUUGGAGAAGAAGCAAAAUGAAAAGCUAAAACACGAGGAAGAAGAGAUGGAGUUUAAGGAACUGGAUGGUCUGAAGGAAGCUUUGGCAAACCUCCGGGGACUGUCCCAAGAGGAGAAGAGCGAGAAAGCCAUGCUUCGCUCCCGCAUCCAGGAGCAGUCCCAGCUCAUCUGCAUUCUGAAGAGGAGGUCGGAUGAGGCCUUAGAGCGCUGUCAGAUCCUGGAGCUGCUCAACACAGAGCUCGAGGAGAAGAGGGCGCUGGCGGCUGAGAAGCUGAGGGCCAAGAGCGAGCAUGCCCGGAAGCUGGAGGACCGUUUCCUGACCCUGGCAGCCAACCAUGAGCUGAUGAUCCGCUUCAAGGAUGAGCACAAGAGUCAGAAUGUCAAAUUGAGGGAGGAAAAUGAGAAACUGAGGCUGGAGAAUGACAGCCUCUUCAGCCAGGCUCUGAAGGACCAGGAGGCCAAAGUAUUGCAGCUCACCUCCCGGAGUGAAGCUCUGGCCACCGAGCUGGAGACUCUGAAAAAGAGAUGUGCUCAGGAUGCCUGCCAAGCACUGGCCCGAGAGAAGGAGCUCCUGGAGCUGCAGAGCCAGCAGGCCUGUGCCCACACCAAAGAGACAGAACAGUUGCGCAGCCAGCUGCAGAGCCUCAAGCAGCAGCACCAGCAGGCAGUGGAGCAGAUGGCCAAGGCUGAGGAGGCCCACAACAGCCUGAGCCAGGAGCUGCAGGCCAGGCUGCAGGCGGUCACUGGGGAGAAAGAGGAGCUGCUGCAGUUAUCCAUGGAGAGGGGGAAGGUGCUUCAGAGCAAGCAAGCGGAAAUCCGCCAGCUUGAGGAGAAGUUGGAGACUGCAGAUAUGGCCAGAAGGCAUGCCCUAGAGAGGUUUGAGUUAGAGGUAGUGGCAGUAGACAGCAACUUGAGAGUCCGCGAGCUUCAGCGCAGGGUGGAUGGCAUCCAGAAGGCCUAUGAUGAACUCAGGCUGCAGUCUGAAGCCUUCAAAAAGCACAGCCUGGAUCUUUUAAGCAAGGAGAGAGAACUCAAUGCCAAACUCCGCCAUCUCUUUCCAUAAGAUGUUUCUGCUUCCUCUGACCUUUAAUUCAAAUAUUUGUGCUUUAGUAUUAAUGGUGAGAGUAGAGAUGGUAUUCCAUAUAUCACACUUUUAAGCACAAAAGGCAACUCAAAACUACUUUAUUAUACCGUUGUUACUAUUGUAAGGCUAAUGCUAACUUUCAGCCCUGUCACCUAGAAUAUACAAUAUUUACCAGAUUUUCUCUGUUCUUGAAAUGAUCCGAAAUUUGCUAUCAGGAUUUCCACUUCCCCCAUAACUUACUCACUUUAUCUUCAAAUCUAUUAAGAUUUUAAAUGAGCAGCUUCAUUGAUUUAGUUGAAUCUUAAAUGUGCAAUGAGAUGUGCUAAUGUGAAAAAAAGAAUCAGCACCAUUAGCCCUUAUGGCUAGGUAGGCUUAGAGUCUUCUGUAUUUGAGAUUGUAAGCUAUGACAGUCAAUAGCAUAAUAGCCUGUAGAACUCACAGGAAAAGGUGAUUUUACAACUGACCAAACAAUUGUGUGUUUCAUCUCUUUUAUCCAAUAUCCUUUUUAUUUUAUUUACACCAGCUUGGAAAAAAAAAAAAAGAUUGAGAUAAUUAAAUUCUUUACUAAAGUGGGAAAACUUCAUUUUAGUCAUUGUAAGCGUGUGAUAAGAUUCAAAUAAGUGAAAUAGCCUGUUUUUCUUUCUCCCACAAUCUUAGAUCACAUUCAAUUUUUUUUGUUUUCUCUUUAAUAAAAACAAGAUUUAGAGGUAUUGUCAUGCAAAGAUCAAUAACUCAUUUAGUAUUUCAAAAUAUGCCAAUAGAGAAAAGCGCCCAAUUUGGGGUAACGAGUCAUAACAAAUUGGGUAUGAUCCAUAUCGCAAUUCAUAGCAAAUGUUUGUUUCUGUUAACAUAUUUUCUUGCAACUAACUUUUCCACCUUUUAAAAAAAAUUUAUAAACUGUAUGUAUUUAUGUAUACUUACAGAAUUUUUGUAGGAAUAGCUAACUAUGUACUUAUAAAGACACAUAAUAGUUAUAUAUAAGUAUAUAUAUAUUUAGGCAAAGCCCUUGCAGAAGUCAUCAUAAAAAUAUACUUUGUUUAUUUCUGGUUUUAGUUAUUGAUAUCCCAAAAUGUUAUAAAUACUUGUCAAAAUACUGUAAUUUGUAUAUUUCUCACCCAUUUGGUACUAAAUACGAAGUAACCUAAUAAUUUGGAUUUAUUAAAAAUAUAACUUAGCACCUACUUAAUAAACAGCUUUCAAGCAAAAAUUGUCACUCAGAUAAUUUUUAAA